UGUCUCUCUGACGUCAUGCCUCGUGUUUCAGGACUAUCACUGCUCCACUUCUUGGACGCAAAUUUUAUCUGAAGUCGUGACCAAAAGGUAUCUAUGUAUCCGUCUGUGUAUCUGCACCAAAAGAGAACAGUACAGAAACUAUUGUGCCUAUCUUGAGAAAAACUGCCCUCUUUCGGAGUCUGUAGAAAAGCCUUUCCGUUGAAACGCUGAAAUAAACUCCUCUAGAUAAAGAUGGACAUGAAGAAGAAGGUGAAGAAGAAGAUGAAGACGAUCGCCCAGAUAGCAGGCCGUUUUUCCCGGGACAAGAGGGAAUUGUGUGUUCUGAUGAAAAAUGCUGUCUGCUACGACCCUGCUCUUCCCGCCAGGAAGACUUGUGGCAGCCUGGGCGGUGUCUAUAAUAAUAUUAAUAAUAUUUGCGAGUACCUGCAAGCCAAAUGUGCAACAAUGGGACUGAAGCCAGCUGAAUGCCCAAAGCCAGAGUCCCCUGACGUCACACAGUCUCCUGGAGAUGAGACCACUGAAGAUUCCCAAGUGCCAUAAGCGGGACACACAUGACGUCAUUUGGGAUACUUUUGCUUGACUGACUUCAUGUUCAUGUCACAGCGCUGAUGACGUCACUGAAUGUUUCAUGUGUGAAAAUGGAAGAGCUGAUGACCAAAGUCUUACGUUCAACAACGCCAGUUAUUGUUAUGGUAGACAAGAUUUAUACAUUGAUCUUAAAUACGUCUCUCAUUUUAAUCAACGUUUUAAUCGUUAUCCCCGACUUGACAUCUUAUUUGGUUUUACAUUCUGUUAAAUUAUUGUAAUUUAUGAUUUAUGUAAUUUUAUAGGUACGUGACAAAUUCAAAGUACAGGCCAGUCUUUGC